GCAAGGAGCUUCGCGCUAUCAUGACGGUGCCUACACCUGACCCUGGUGUGUGGGCGUUCUCCGAGGAGAACGACCUCCUUUUCGCGAGCUUGAACACAGAGGAACGCGUUUCACCCUCGGAGUGGGUGCAACGGGGUAUACCAAAGAUGCGAGAUGCGCUUAGACUGCAGUGAUCCGGAUAUCUCGGAGCCUGUGAAACGGGGUGCGUAUGUGUGCAUCCUACGCUCCCAUACAUGAGGCUCAGGCAUUGCUUGCUCUUGUGCCUUUCCUUUGUGCCUUUCUCUUUGCUGUGUUUAAUGUCGUCGAACUGUUCGUAGAUGUUCAUUGGACAUUCCACUACUGAUGGUUCCUUGUCGCGUGUGUCGUUCCUGCUGCUCUUGGUGCUAUUCGCUCUGUAUUCCUCCGAUCUAGUACCACUGCCAUCAUGUUGGAUGGCUUGGAUUGAGGGCUUUGUGCUGUGCCGUGCGAAUGAGAAGUCUUGCAAAGGUUUCAAGUGCUGUAACAUGGUUCGAGUUGCCCGUAUCUCACAAUAGCGCUAUCUAGCUUGAUAGAAGUCCCUUGCGGUGACGAAGAACAGGGAUAGCUUUAUUUGUAAUAGUAUGCAAUGAGCGCUCCGUCAAUGCAGUGUCUUGGUGCUGUUAUAGGUGAUUCC